GCGGAUUUGGGGAUUCUUCGAAACGGCGUUUUGCAGAGUGUGUGUCCGAGUGUCGUAGAGAGAGAAACAUAGAGAGAGAGAGAGAGUUUCUCUAGUGAGAGAAAGCGGCUUUGCGAGCUCACAAGGUGGUUCCGUAACGCUUCUGGGAGAGCCCAAAGGGUGGUUUUGCGUUACGCUUUCGAAUCGAUCCCAAUCGUUACAGAGAGAUAGAGAGCGAGAAAGUGUGACUCGGUGUAAAAGCGCAGGAUUGGAACCGAAAAGCCGGAGCUUGAGGUGAUAAAAUCGUCUGAACGGCUUCGGGUUUGAUUAUAAUUGGUGGGGAGUAAUUUAGUGCUGAUUAUUGUGGGUGCUGUUUGUAUAUAAUGAGGUGAGAUACGGGGUUUUGGAGGGAUUUUUAUCAUUUUACGUGAGGUUUUAUUUUUGUUUUUUUUGGGGGAAUUUCGGUGUUUUGACUCGGAUUUCAAUGAUGGCAAAUCGAAGCGGGUCGUUUUCGCAGUCAAAUGUUUCGGCGGAAGGUCGUGGAAGGGAUGGGCUGUAUGCGGAGCUAUGGAAGGCUUGCGCGGGCCCACUCGUGGACGUGCCUCAGGUCGGCGAGAGGGUCUUCUACUUCCCUCAGGGGCACAUGGAACAGUUAGAGGCAUCAACAAAUCAGGAACUAAAUCAGAGGAUUCCACUGUUUCAUCUUCCCUCGAAGAUUCUUUGUAAUGUUAUUAACGUUGAGCUACUGGCGGAACAAGAAACAGAUGAGGUUUAUGCACAAAUCACUUUACAGCCAGAAUUAGUUCAAACUGAGCCUACAAGUCCUGAUCCCUGCCCUCCUGAACAUCCAAGACCAACGGUUCACUCGUUCUGCAAAGUUUUAACUGCCUCUGAUACAAGUACCCAUGGUGGGUUUUCCGUUCUCCGCAAACACGCCACUGAAUGCCUUCCUCCACUGGAUAUGACGCAGUCAACCCCGACCCAGGAAUUGGUUGCUAAGGAUCUUCAUGGUUAUGCAUGGCAUUUUAAGCAUAUUUUCAGAGGUCAACCGCGGAGACACUUGCUUACGACAGGAUGGAGUGUUUUUGUGACAUCUAAGAGAUUAGUUGCUGGGGAUACCUUCGUAUUUCUAAGGGGAGAAAAUGGGGAGUUGCGCGUAGGGGUGAGGCGCCUUACCCGUCAACAGAGCAGCAUGCCAUCGUCUGUGAUUUCGAGUCAGAGCAUGCACUUAGGAGUGCUUGCAACUGCAUCUCAUGCUGUUGCAACCCAAACUCUAUUUAUAGUCUAUUAUAAGCCAAGGACGAGCCAGUUCAUAAUAAGCUUGAACAAGUAUUUGGAGGCUGUUAACAAUAAGUUCGGAGUUGGCAUGAGAUUUAGGAUGAGUUUUGAGGGGGAGGAUUCUCCGGAGAGAAGGUUUUUGGGCACAAUAGUUGGGGUUGAAGAUGUUUCUCCUCACUGGUCAGGUUCAAGAUGGCGAUCACUAAAAGUUCAAUGGGAUGAUCCUGCAUCAAUUUCAAGACCUGAUAGGGUUUCACCAUGGGAGAUAGAGCCCUUUGUGGCUUCUGUACCUGCAAGCCUGGCUCAAUCUGCUGUGGCAAAGAACAAAAGGCCCCGAACACCCAUUGAAAUUCCAAAUCUUGACAAUACUACUUCCACUGGAUCAACUCUUUGGAACCCUGGAUUGUUGCAGUCCCAUGAAAUGACACAAUUUAUGGCUGAAGGCAACAGAAGUGAAAAUCAUAUUAUGUGGCAUCCCAAGCAUACAGAUAUUAAUAGCAACAACAACAGCAACUCGAUUUCAAGGCCUCAAAUUGAUGGGAGCUGGUUAUCUUCUCCUCGUACAUGUGUUACUCAGCAUCUUUUUCAGGACAUGGUGGACGAUAGCAAAAGUGUCUCCGCUUGGGCUGCUCUCCCAAGCUAUUCAACUCCACACUUGUCGAAGCUAGAGAAUGACUCAUUUCCUGACCCAGUUGAGAAAGCAAAGAAAGCUGACACUGCUACGAGUUACCGGUUGUUUGGUUUUGAUCUAAUUAAUCACCCUACAAGCUCACCUAAAGUAGAGAAGGCAAAUGCACAACCUAUCAGUGUCUCUAAUGGCUCCACUGAAAGACAUGUCAGUACCCUGCCAGCAACUGAUUCAGACCAUAAGUCUGAUCUAUCGAGAGACUCUAAAGACACGCAAGUGGGACAGAUGCAAGUACCUCCAAAAGAGAUUCAGAGCAGGCAAAACUGCUUUGCUUCAACUAGAAGUCGCACCAAGGUUCAAAUGCAGGGGGUUGCUGUUGGUCGGGCUGUGGACUUAACCAUGUUGAGAGGAUAUGAUCAGCUUAUAGACGAACUUGAGGAGAUGUUUGACAUCAAGGGAGAGCUUCACCCUCGUGAUAAGUGGGAAAUUGUCUAUACUGAUGAUGAAGGAGAUAUGAUGCUUGUGGGCGACUAUCCAUGGCAAGAAUUCUGUAACAUGGUGAGAAGAAUCUUCAUAUGUUCUAGUCAGGACGUGAAGAAGUUGAGCACAGGAAGCAAACUGCCUGGCUCUUCGACCGACGGUGAGGGCACGGUUAUAAGUUCAGAUUCAGCCGAAAACUGAAACACUCGACUGUCAUUUUGUUCUGUUUAUUUGUUUUUUUUUAAGGGUUUUCAUUGUUGUUGUUUGUUUGUUGGGGGAGAAAGUUGGUCUAUUUUUGUGGUAGGAAGAUGUGUGAAGUUGGAGGGGGAAAGACAUUGGGUAAUUGAUAGCUCGUUUUUUAGAGCUAUAGCAUCUUGAAACUCAAGAAAGCUCAUUAUGCAGUAGCGGGAGUUUAGGGAGUGUAGGCUUAGAAUGUUGUGAAUACUUAUGGAAGUCUUGGUGGGUGGAAGUGGGGUUGCUGGUGAGUGGGACUGACACUCACCGUGAUAGCAGGAUGCUGAAUAAUUGGACGCAGGAGGAGGGGGAGUGGUGGGUAGGUGGGCGCUGGUUGGGUCUCUGUUUCUUGUGAUUGUAAAUACAUGUGUUUUGGAACUAAUCUUCCUCUUUAGCCACUGGAAAUUGGCAAGGUCCUGUUACUCUUACUCUAUCA